AUGCCCUCGGGCACCGGAAAGACAGUAUCCCUGCUAUCGCUCAUCGUGGCGUACCAGCAGUACAUGCCCGAGAAGCGCAAGCUCAUAUACUGCUCUCGAACAAUGUCCGAGAUCGAAAAAGCCUUGGUUGAGCUUCAGGCCCUCAUGAAGUAUCGUUCUGAGCAGCUCGGGUAUGAAGAGGAGUUUCGUGGUCUCGGCCUCACCAGUCGCAAGAACCUCUGCCUUCAUCCAUCGGUCAAGCGCGAGAAGAGCGGCGCUGUUGUUGAUGCCCGGUGUCGAAGCUUGACGGCUGGUUUCGUCAAGGAGAAGAAGGACCGCGGUGAAGAUGUCGAUCUCUGCGCUUAUCAUGAUAACCUCGACUUGCUCGAACCUCACAACCUCAUCCCCAACGGUGUCUGGACCUUUGAUAGUGUCCUGAAAUACGGAGAGGAGCACAAGCAGUGUCCGUACUUUACUGUGCGGCGUAUGAUGCAAUACUGCAACGUCGUCAUCUUCUCCUACCACUACCUACUAGAUCCUAAGAUUGCCGAACGGGUGUCGCGCGACUUCUCAAAGGACUGCAUCGUCGUCUUUGAUGAGGCCCACAACAUUGACAACGUGUGUAUCGAGGCCUUGAGUACGGACAUCACUGAAGAAUCGCUCCGCAGGGCAACAAGGGGAGCUCAGAACCUAGAGCGCAAAGUCUCGGAGAUGCGAGAUACAGACCAGGAACAGCUUCAGAAUGAAUAUCAAAAGUUGGUACAAGGUCUCCGAGAGACGGACGAGGCCAGGCAGGAAGAUGCCUUCAUGGCCAAUCCUGCUCUACCCGCGGAUCUGUUGAAGGAGGCUGUCCCCGGAAACAUUCGAAGAGCAGAGCACUUCAUAUCAUUUUUGAAACGGUUCAUCGAAUACCUCAAGACACGCAUGAAGGUGCGGCAAGUCAUCUCGGAGACGCCGCCAUCCUUCCUGGCCCAUCUCAAGGAGCACACAUUCAUCGAGAAAAAGCCGUUGCGAUUCUGUUCCGAGCGAUUGACCUCCCUCGUCAGGACGCUGGAGCUCACCAACAUCGACGACUACCAGCCGUUGCAGGAGGUUGCGACAUUUGCGACACUGGUAGCAACGUACGAGAAGGGAUUUCUGUUGAUCCUGGAGCCCUACGAGUCGGACACUGCCGAAGUGCCGAACCCGAUUCUGCACUUUACGUGCCUGGACGCAGCGAUUGCGAUCCGGCCCGUAUUCGAGCGCUUCUACUCAGUCAUCAUCACGUCGGGCACCAUCUCGCCGCUGGAGAUGUACCCCAAGAUGCUCGACUUCCCAACCGUGAUACAGGAGUCGUACAGCAUGACGCUGGCACGGCGGUCAUUCCUGCCUAUGAUUGUGACGCGCGGCAGCGACCAAGCAGCCAUCUCAACGAGCUUCCAGGUGCGCAACGAGCCCAGCGUGGUGCGCAACUACGGCAACCUCUUGACCGAGUUCGCCAAGAUCACGCCUGACGGCAUGGUCGUCUUCUUCCCGUCGUAUCUGUACAUGGAGUCCAUCAUCAGCAUGUGGCAGGGCAUGGGCAUCCUGGACGAGGUAUGGAAGUACAAGCUGAUCUUGGUGGAGACGCCCGACGCUCAGGAGACGUCGCUGGCCCUCGAAACGUACCGCACCGCCUGCUGCAACGGCCGCGGUGCCGUCUUGCUGUGCGUCGCCCGCGGCAAGGUGUCAGAGGGCAUCGACUUCGACCACCAGUACGGCAGGACCGUGCUGUGCAUCGGCGUGCCCUUCCAGUACACCGAGUCGCGCAUCCUCAAGGCGCGCCUCGAGUUCCUGCGCGAGACGUACCGCAUCCGCGAGAACGACUUCCUUUCCUUCGACGCCAUGCGCCACGCAGCCCAGUGCCUCGGUCGCGUUCUCCGUGGCAAAGAUGAUUACGGCAUCAUGGUCCUCGCCGACCGCCGCUUCCAGAAGAAGAGGUCCCAGCUGCCCAAGUGGAUCAACCAAGGUCUUCUGGAGGCUGAGACGAACCUCAGCACAGACAUGUCCGUCAGCAGUGCUCGUCGCUUCCUCCGCACCAUGGCCCAGCCCUUCCGUGCAAAGGACCAAGAAGGCAUCAGUACUUGGGGAUACGAGGACCUUAUGCAGCACAAGGAGAAGAUGGAUGACGACAGGAUAAGAAAACUCCAGGAGGCUGCGUACAAUGGCAACGGCAAUGGAGCCCCCUCCAACGCCAAGGUCACAGAGGUUAAUGAGUAUGAUGACGGAGACAUCGAUCAGGAUAUGAUGGAACUUGACGGCGUGUGA